AUGAAUGCUGUUGGGAAUGGAAAGUCAAUUGACCACAAGGGAAAACUUGAAAAUACUAUACUACCACAGCUAGCACGACGCCUAUUUUCUUACAAGAGUGAUGUGGGGAUCUCUCACGUAUCAUGGCUUAACCCAUAUGCCACAAUUAAAAGACGUGGGAUGAUCAAAGUUCCCUCCCACUAG